AUGAAGUUCUCUCGAGUGGCGAUACCUGGCAUCAAACACGCCAUCACACUAUGUAGUGCCAAGGGUGGUGUGGGCAAAUCCACCUGCUCGGUGAAUGUGGCACUGGCACUAAAAAAUAUGGGCCAUAGCGUUGGCAUCGUGGACGCGGACAUCACCGGCCCUUCCAUACCGACCAUGAUGGGCGUUGACGCUUCGCAGGUGGAGACGUACCGUGUGGCGGGCAGCGACCGCUUCGCCCCGCCGAUGAACUUCGGUGUUAAGGUGAUGAGCAUGGGCCUUGUUGUGCCGUUCGACGAGGCGAUCGCGGUGCGGGGGCCGAUGGUAAACAAAUACAUCCGCGCGUUGCUGUUCCAGACCGACUGGGAUGAGCUGGACUACCUGGUUAUUGACAUGCCGCCGGGAACAAAUGAUGUGCACCUGACAAUCACGCAGGAGAUCGUACUGACGGGGGCCAUUAUCGUUUCAACACCACAGAAGGUUGCGUUGAUUGAUGUCCGGCGAGGAAUCGACAUGUUCGCCGCGGUAAACACCCCAAUCUUGGGCAUCGUGGAGAACAUGAGCUACUUUUCCUGCGGCCAUUGCGGCACCAGGCACGAUUUGUUUGGCACAGGCGGUGUAAAGGCGACUGCGGAGGAGCUCGGGGUGCCGUUCCUGGGCGAAAUACCGUUCGUGCAGCGCAUCAUGAAGGACACCGACGACGGGUACCCCCCGGCACUGCGGGGCGACGGCGCGUUGGAGGCGGCGAGGCCGUUUUACGAGCUUGCUGAGCGCAUCCACGACGCCGUGAUGACACUCAAGUCGAAAGCUGGCACUGGAGGGGCAGCACCAGCAGGCCCGUCAAUCAUAUUUGACGGCUAA